AUGAGUGGCCCCGCAGAUACCGUCGAGGCCGUGCAGCGCAUCACGCAGCGCAUUGACGCCAUUGGCGAGCGCGCUCCGGGCGUCUUUAUGGGCCUCUCGUGGUACUACCUCAAGCUCAUUCUCCUCACGGGCUUUGGCUGGGCCAUGGACUCGAUGGAGACGUUUAUCUUUACGUACUGUGCCGAGCUCAUUCGCCAGGACAUUCCCCAGACGCCACCCCAGGCGUCGUUCCUCGGUGGUGCGGUCUUUGUCGGGUCCUUUAUCGGCUCCUUUCCCUUUGGCACGCUCGCUGACAAGUACGGCCGCCGGCCGAUCUUUAUGGUCACGCUCGUGCUCUUCCUUGCUGGUCUCGGCUUUUGCGCCUUGAGCUGGAACGUCACGUCGAUCACGUGCGCCCGCAUCAUCUCGGGCAUUGGCCUUGGCGGCGAGCUGCCGGUUGCGUCGACGCUUGUGCAGGAGCUGUCGCCGCGCAAAACACGUGGCAAGAUCAUUGUGCUGCUCGAGUCGUUUUGGGCUGUGGGGUGCAUGAUGGCCGUUGUCAUGGCGUUCGCUGCUGCGCCGAAAAUUGGCUGGCGCGAGACGUUCUUUAUCUGCUGUGCCCCUGUGGUGUAUGCGAUUGUGAUCCGUUUGUACAUUCCCGAGUCGCCCAAGUGGCUGGCUAGUGUUGGCCGCUAUGACGAAGCUGUCGCGAUCGUCGAGGCGAUCGAACGGGCGCACGGGUUGGAACCGUACGACCCGAAGACGGACGUUGAGAGCAUUGAGUCUGUGGCGGUCGUCCCGCCUCAGCUCCCGACUUCCCAUAUCAAACGGAUUGGUCUGCUGUUUGGACGCCAGUUCCGCGUCCGCACGAUUGUCUUGUGGACGCUUUGGUUUGGCAUCUCCAUGUCGUACUUUGCCAUUUUUAUUUACUUGCCCACGCUGAUUUCGCUCAAGGGUUUCGACAUGAAUGCCCAGUGGGAGACGAUCCUCAUUAUCACGGCUUUUCAGUUGCCAGGCUACUUUGCUGCUGCGGGUCUUGUGGAAGUCAUUGGCCGCAAGCAAACGCUCGUAGUCUUUUUAAUUGGCGCCUUCCUGUCUGCUAUUGCCAUGGGCUACGUUGACGCGACCAAGACGCCUGUGAUGAUCACCGGCUCGUUUACGUCCUUUUUUAUGCUUGGCGCGUGGGGCUGCGUGUACGCGUACACUCCAGAGAACUACCCGACAGCUAUCCGUGGAAUGGGAGCAGCGUACCCAUCAGGUUUCAGCCGCAUUGGCUCGUUUAGCGGUCCAUACUUGUGUGCUUCCAUGUUUGGCAGCUGGAACGUGUCUCUGGAGGGCAUCAUGUGGGUGUUCGGCGGGCUACUCAUGGUGGUGUCAGCUAUCGUGCUGUUUUUCGGCUACGAACCCCGUGGCAAGAACGUCGAAUUGUAUGACGAAGACUAUCGCGUAGAGAAAGCUCCCGGCUUUGACUCCGUGCAUACGCCUACUUAA